AUGUUAUUUUCAACGCCCUAUUUAUGGUUGUUGUUGCUAGGCAGUGUUGAUGCUUUAAGUCCACAUAUAUUGGCGAAGCAACCAGAUAUUUCGAUAGAUAUAGACCGUUCUCCAAGCCUAACACCAGAUCAAGGUCUUUUGAAGAUUGGCGGUAAAUACGCAGUUGCAUCAGACUUGGAGAUAUGUAAUAAUCUGACAAUGAACAAGAUAUUCUUGAAGUAUCCAGGCUCUAAUGCGGUGGAUGCUGCAGUAACCGUUGCCCUAUGUAUAGGGAUGGUUAAUUUCUUUAAUAGUGGUAUUGGUGGAGGUGGCUUCAGUGUCAUUUCUACCAAACAGGAGAAAGUAACGUAUGAUUUCAGAGAAAUGGCACCGCAGUUGAGCAACAAGACGAUGUUUAAUGACAAAGAGGAUUACGCUUCUAUCAUUGGAGGCCUGGCAAUUGCUGUUCCUGGAGAACUAGCAGGUCUAUAUAAAAUGUGGGAAGAGCAUGGUAGUGGGAAAAUAACAUGGGCAGAGGUUUUGCAACCUGUAAUUGAGUUAGGAUAUGAAGGUUGGGAGAUAGGGGAAGUUCUUGGGGCAUCGCUAGGUGCUUACCAGCAUUUUUUGACGAUGAACUAUGAAGACUGGAAAUUUGUUUUCAACCACGACGGUACCAUCAAAAAAGAGGGAGAUUGGAUACGGAGACCGACACUCUCAAAAACACUUGAAGUUCUAGCUAAAAAUGGGUCUGCAGCACCCUUCUAUGAUCCCAAGUCGUAUUUGGUUAAGUCUAUGGUUUCAAAAAUUCAACAGCAUGGAGGCAUUAUUACGGCAGAGGACUUCACUCAGUAUUCAGUGAGAAGAGAAAAACCACUAACAACUCUAAUUCGCCAUGGCUGGGAGAACAUGCCAGACAAUGAUCUCACUGUCUUAACAUCGAGUGGAUCAUCCAGUGGAGCCGCAUUGAUUGCAGCAUUGAAAAUCUUAGAUGGAUUCUCAUCGGUGACUGGUGGAGAUUACUUAACUGAGCAAACUUAUCAAUUAGUGGAGGCUAUGAAAUGGUUAGCCAGUGCAAGGUCAAGAUUGGGGGACUAUGUUCAUAAAGACAGUCUUCCUUCUAGAAUAGAAUCGAUCUUAAAUGAUACUUGGAUUAAGAACGCUGUUAAUAAAAUAAAAGAAAAUAGCCAAGAAGGUGAAUUUCGUACAUUACCACACUGGAAAGAUUAUAAUCCAGUAUAUGAAUUGAAUGAGCCACACGGAACGGCGCAUUUUUCUGUUGUCGAUGAUCAACACAAUGCUGUAUCUUUAACUACCACUGUUAAUCUAUUAUUUGGCUCGCUAGUUCACGAUCCAGUUACUGGUGUCAUUUUCAACAAUGAAAUGGAUGACUUUUCCAUACCUGGGCGCUCUAAUAGUUUCGGAUUGGCCCCAUCUGCUUACAAUUUCAUUGAACCCGGUAAGAGACCUUUAUCGUCCAUGGUUCCGACGAUUAUUCUCAAUGAGUUGGGGCUUCCAGAUAUGGUUGUUGGUGCCUCUGGAGGCUCACGUAUAAGUCCUUCAGUUUUACAAGUUAUUACGAGACGGUACUGGUACCAAAUGCCAUUGCUAGAAGCUAUUGCGUACCCAAGAGUUCACCAUCAACUUUUGCCAGAUGUUCUAGAAGUGGAAAGCAUCCCAAUGUUGGGCAAAUCCCUCAUUAAACAAUUAGAGGAAAUGGGCCAUUUCCCCAAAGAGCUUCCAUCAAGAUCUGUGGUGAACGGGAUAUGUCGUGUUAACGCAGAAUGGCACGCUGUUAGCGACUACUGGCGGAAAAGAGGCAUUGCUGCUGCAAUUUGA